UUGUCAGAGUUCCCCUUCCAAUGACGUCACACCAGAGAUGAUCAAGCUAUGAAUAUUCCGAUCGACUCUGAUCUGCAUGAAAGGACUUACACUUGUUGCUGUGGUGCUAUUCGUAUCAAGAAGGGCGCUUACGGAGUUGCAGUGUUUUACGCAAUGAUCAUAGUCUCCAAUCUGGGAAUUCGUCUCUACAAGUCAAAUGAGGUGCAAUGGAACUGGCAACUUUUGUUUCUCGUUUCCGAUACGGUAGCUGUACUAUGUUUGGUAUAUGGGUUGGCUAGGGAACAAGCAGCUUUUCUGCAACCUUUUACAAUACUUAGCAUCGUGACCGUCAGCUUUUGCGUGCUAUUGACAGCCUUCUAUGCAUCCGCAGUAUUCGAUCCCACAUCAUAUGCUGGUGAACAAAUCGAAAUAUUACUUGCUGGUAAAGUGAAAACCGUCUCGGAGUAUUUUGACACCACCCACAAGAGAGUGAUAACAGCUGUCGCAAUGAUCGCAACCAUGGUUUACGGUGUUACAGUAAUUAUACAUAGCUGGCUUAUGGUUGUCGUCGUACGAUGUGCGCAGUGCUUUCGAGAAGAGCAAUCAAUAACGGUGAAAUUCUAAUAGGCAUUGUGAAGCAGUGGUCAACCUUAUCGGAUCUCAUGAAAUAACCUGGUCUUUUCUUAUGCUGGAAC